AUGCAGUUUGACUUCUUACACCACCCGCUCAGGACAGCCACCGUCGUACGACCCUCUAUCCACGUAAGCAAUCGCAUUGAGACCCGCGCUCUCCAGCUCUCUCAGGACCUCGUCAAAAAGGACGGCCCACAGGAACGGACUGAGCACGGAGCCUUGCGGUAUCCCCAUCUCGCCCGCCCUGUAACAGUCCGGUCCGUAGUUACCCACGAAGUUGCACAAGUCGUUGCCGAUACAGCGAUCAAUAAGGCUGUUCAAGACAGCCGGCCACCACAUGCGGUCGAAGGCCUUCCGCCCGUCAAAAAAUACCCCGACCACGUAUAUGGAGGUCGACACACGAUCGGCACUCGAACGGAUAGCAUGGGUUGUGCCACACACCGGCAUGCCACCGUACUGUCCCGGGUGCAAGCCCGGAUGAAGGGCACAUCGGAGUCUUGCCAGAAAAAGUGCUCAAGCGAUUUUCCCAAGACCGACAGAAGGGAGUUCUGCCGGUCUUCAGGAAUGCACAGACUAGCGCCUUCUUCCACGCCGAGGGAAAUCGAUCAAAACGAGCCGGAAUUUCUCGGCGUUAUGGAGAACAUCACGGUUCCGGCCGGGCGCCCAGUAAGGAUAUCGUGCUCAGUGAAGAAUCUUGGCUCGUACAAGGUUGCUUGGAUGCACUUUGAGCAGUCGGCAAUUUUGGCAGUUCAUUCUCACGUGAUAACGAGAAACCCGCGGAUCACUGUGUCUCACGAGAAUCACAAAACAUGGAACCUUCAUAUCGCAGAUGUCAGGGAGGAAGACGGCGGAACGUACAUGUGCCAGAUCAACACCGCCACCGCCAAAACUCAACUCGGAUACCUAAAUGUUGUCGUGCCCCCGGACAUAGAAGACGCUUUGAGUAGUUCGGAUGUAAUUACAAGAGAGGGUUCCAAUAUAACACUUAUGUGCGCAGCUAACGGAUCGCCUCCGCCAACUAUUAAAUGGAGAAGAGAUGACGGACAAAUGAUCAACAUUAAUAAAACUCUCACUGUUAGCGAGUGGGAAGGAGGAAUGUUGGAACUUUCGAAAAUCAGCAGGCUAGACAUGGGAGCCUAUUUGUGCAUAGCGUCCAACGGCGUGCCGCCAUCAAUGAGCAAAAGGAUUCGACUCAGUGUUGACUUUCCUCCCAUGCUAUGGAUUCCUCAUCAGUUGGUAGGUGCCCCGCUUGGUUUCAACGUGACAUUGGAAUGCUACACGGAGGCUCAUCCCAAUUCGCUCAAUUACUGGACGAGGGAAGACGGGCAGAUGAUCCACGAAGGGAAGAAAUACAACAUCAAGUCGAAACCUCUGGAGCUCCCUUACAAAACCCAAAUGACCCUCACCAUAAUGAAGCUUAACCAACAAGACUUCGGGACUUACAAAUGUGUCGCCAAGAAUCCACGUGGUGAAACUGACGGUACCAUCAGGCUUUACGCUUCAGCUUUGAUGACCAGCACCGUACAAACCACCUUAGAAGAUGGAUUUGACAAAGAUACACAGAUUGAGUUUAACGGAGUAGAAAACAAAACUGUUGAAACUUCAGUUGUCAAGCUUAACAAAGAAGGCAAGACUCAGUCCAAUAUGAACGCACUGGACAAAAUAUCCAAGAAAGAACGUGAUCAUAAGGAAAAGGCUUUUGAAGAGAGCAUUAUAAGUGCAGCUAGCUUGAACGUGGCCCAAUUUAGGCAGUUGUCUAUCGUUGUCUUGAUUACCUUUUUCAUCCACUUCGACAUCUUGACUCUGUUUACGUCGGCAAUUAUAAAACACAGCGCAUAAAUCAACGGCUCUAGAGCCAAUUUAUUUCUUUUUUAUGUGAGAACUAAAAAGGGUAUACUGUUAUUAUCUAUAAUGUUUAGUCAUACCAAAGUAUAUUAUACAUGAUAGAUACCACAUAUUGUAAAUAAGAGAUAAAGAAUAAAACAUAAUAAGAAUAAAUCAAUAAUUGACUAAUAAGUAUACGCAUCCAAAGAAGAUGGGUUUAUAUAAUAAUUUAACAGGAAAUUAAAAAAAAAAUUGGUGAUUACAUUUUUGGAUGGUUGACUUCAAAAAUAUCUAUUCAAAAUGAAAACUUGACUGAAGUCAGAUCUGUGUU